AAUAGCCCAGUGUAUUCUACGACGCACGCCAGUUGUGAGACGUUAGUUUCGGGGGUGAACAAGUUAAGUUAUAGUCUACGCUUCCACAAAUCGCGUUCAGAGCCAAGAUCAUCAGAUUCUCUUUAAUCUUUGUGCAACAGGGGAAAUCUAAAGAUUUUUGAAGAGGAACAAGUUACUUGUCUAGUGACGCAGUUUACAGACAGAAAGAUGAUGGCAUCCACUGUUGAAAAGACGACACUUGCGAGACCACAUCUGAGCACUGUCAAGGCAAAACAGCAUAAAGAAGCAAUAAAACCACGGAUUUUUUCCUUCACUGCCGAGGACCUGUAUAAUUAUCUGCACCAGAAGACUGGAAAUGUUGAGACGAUUAAUAUUGAAGAGUAUAAGAACAAGAAACUGGAAGAAAACGGUACAGGAAUGGACAAGCCAUCCUCGUUUUGCAGGAUCUGUAACAAGAUUUACACAAUCCGCUGCCCUGUUCAUCCUCCUUCUAGCCAAUCAGAGCCGAGCGUUCCAGGGGACUUGAACAGCUACGCCAUGAAGUCGUUCCCAGAUGUAGUUCAGUUGUGUAAGUCCAGCAUUCCUGGCAAGAAAUAUGGAGUGUCCGCCAAACAACACAUACCGGUCGGAACGUGGAUUGGACCGUAUGAGGGGAAACGGAUUAAUCCAGAAGAUGUAAAACCCAAUAUGGACUCUUCCUUUUUGUGGGAGAUCUACAAAGAAGGCCAAAUUUUGUAUUAUCUCGAUGCAACGGACGAGAACUCGUCCAGCUGGAUGCGAUUCAUCAAAUGUGCCCGCCACAGAAGCGAGCAAAAUCUCUUCGCUUUCCAGUACUGUGCCAACAUUUACUACCGAGCAUUCAGGGAUAUUCCUAUAGGAACAGAGCUGCUUGUAUGGUACGAAGAUAUCUACCCACAAUACUUUGGGAUUCCGAUGAGCAUUCAUGACUUGAAUUCAAUGGGGUCCAGGCCUUACCCGGUAAUGGCAACGACCAAUACAGAUGGACAUCAGGUCUCCCCCAUUCCUCCUCCGACAAUAACAGCAGUAAAACAGGCCUCUCCUCAAUUACAAACAUCUUCUAAUAGGAAUACACCACUUGACUCGCCUCCUACAAGAACUGCGCAGACUCCAAGGGCGACAGAAAGAGAGGUCCAUGUAAACAAACAGGCUCAAAAGGAAAACAUCAAGAGGAAACAUGAGGAAAGUAAUGGCAUCAACAAGAGGGCGAAAAUACAGAACAUGCCUAAGACUGACGGACCCAAGGAGAUGCUUAGAAAAUUGGAGGAAGCACGUCUCAAGGACCUUCAUGACAAGACGGAGUUGCCGUGUGAAUGGCCUCGUGUUGCUGAUGGGGAAUUCAUCUUGGAAAAUGGCGAGCCAAAGAUCUGGCAUUGUGGUCAAUGCGACAAGUCUUUCGCUCAGCGCAGCUUGCUUCAAAUGCACAUCUGUGCAAGGAAUCCAAACAGGCCUUACCAAUGUGGCCAUUGUUCGCAGGAGUUUGCGCAUCCAAACGAGCUGCGCACGCAUGCUGUCAUUCAUUCUGGGAAAAAACCAUUCAAGUGCGGAUUUUGCUCACGUACUUUCGCCGGAGCAACAACUCUUAACAAUCAUGUCCGAACACACACUGGAGAAAGGCCUUUUACCUGCAACAAGUGCUACAAAACAUUUUCACAAGCAUCGCAGCUCAGCAAGCACAAGAGAUCUCUUUACGAAUGUUUCCCCAGAGACAAGUAUCAGAGGACUCAAACAAACCAGACGUGUCCAGCCAAAAUGUCUCAUCUGUUUAGUGAAGAGACUAAAAGGAGGCUAGAGAUAAAUUUGUUGAACCAGAUUGCUUUGCCGUCUAACCUGGAACCGAAUGCACCUUCAAAUCAGAGUCCCAGAUAUUUCACCGCUUCAGAAGUGUUUACCGUCCUUUAUGGCCAGACAACACGAUGGCAGGUGAAUAAAGACGAACUUGGUUCUCAGUCGGCAGGGCGUUUUGUAGCACAAGAGGCACUCAAUCCAGCGUGUGAAGUUUGUCAAACAAUGCCCCCCAGAUCAUGCGCCCUACACAGGCAACCCACUCAGCCGUUGACCGACAGACGUGUGAGCUACGCCGUCAAGUCCUUACCACCGGAAUGCAAGUUUGGAGUCUCCUACUCAGCGGGGGAGGGGUGCGGUGUGUACACCAAUCAGCCCAUCCCUACGGGGACAUGGAUUGGUCCAUUUGAAGGAAGACGAAUUCGUCCAAGCGACGUCACAUCAGAAAUGGAUACGUCACAUAUGUGGGAGAUAUACGAAGGUUCCACAUUGUCUCAUUACAUUGACGGGAGUGACGAGAACUGUUCCAGCUGGAUGCGGUUUAUCCGCUGCGCAAGACAUAAGGGCGAACAGAACCUGUAUGCAUUUCAGUAUAACGGAAACAUUUACUACAGAGCAUUCAAAGAUAUUCCUACAGGCACAGAACUGCUUGUAUGGUAUGACGACAAAUACCCAAUGUACAUGGGCAUUCCGCUCGGGGUACAAGUUAACGCUAUGCCAGGUGGAGCUUCUUCAGCCACGCACGACAGAAAACAAGAAAAAAUGGCAUCGCAACAGCCCAACCGACCAAUAAACUCGACAUCAUCCCCAUUUAAACCUCAAGACACUACUCGAUAUACCAGAACAGUCACUAGUUCUCAGUUCCCGCUCAGUACAAGCCCUCUUUGGAGUUCUCAAUGUACGAAAGCUUCGCCACCUGAAGCAAAGAAACUUCCACCACUGAUUCCAACAUACACUUUGCAUCAAAGACGAUCAUCGUUAGAAAGCGUACCACGAGAUCAGCGGUCUCCCUUGAGAAGUGACGUGGAAAGUGACGUCGGUAACCGUGGCAACAAUAAGAUACCAAGCCCUACCAGCCAAACAAGCGAGUUAACAUCGUGGCGAUGUCAACAGUGCCAUAAGACCUUCACUCAGCGAGUUGCAUUGCAAAUGCACGUGUGUCCAACCCAACCCACCAAACCUUAUCAGUGUGGACAGUGCAGUAAGACAUUCACAAACUCCUCAGACCUGCGCGCGCAUGUGAUAUCUCAUACAACAGAGCGGCCGUUCAAAUGCGGCUUUUGCUCACGCACGUUCGUUGGGGCAACAACGCUAAACAAUCAUGUGCGGACCCACAUGGGUCAAAAACCUUUCAGCUGCGAGAAGUGCGGCAAGACAUUUUCACAAGCUAUGCACCUCGCGAGACACGCGCGGGAAUCGUGUGAUCUUGUGAGUGAAAAAAGUAGAACGGAUACUGUGACUACACAUACGUUGUCAACAUGAACUACGUGAGGUUUUUUUUUUUUUAGUUACAUUUAUAAAAAAAAGUUUUUAACUACUAAUUCAGUCGAAAGAAACCACAGUUAAAAUGUAAAAAUGAGAUACUAGAUCAAAAUGGAAAACAAAAAAGUCAGAGAAGUUAAGCUUUUAAAAGGAGAAACUGCUCGUAGCGUCCUUGCACAAAAUGCCAGCGCGUUUAUCGAAAGACUUUUUCUAACAAGUGUACAUUUGUGUAUAGUUUAUCAAGGUUCAUAGACAUAUCGCAUUACUAUUUCACAGCGUAGAUAGACAAAGGCAAUAAAGUUAUUUAACAUGUCA